AUUCACCUCCGUCCACGGCUGAGCGCACCAACGGAAGUACAAAAGGCGUAAACAAAGCUCCAACCAUUUACGGAUUUCAGGAUUUUCAGCACAACAAUCACUUUUUCUCUCCACAAAUGAAUACGCAGUAAAUCAUAGGCAUCGGGAACCCAACUCCAGAUACUGAGCAAACAAACCAUCAAUCACACAUUUCAAGGGAGGAUCAAAAUGUCCGGGAUUCCCUUCCAUUCCACUGCGUUGGACACCGGAUCACCGCCGCUCCUGAGGCCACUCCACGAGAGUAACCGAGGGAACCGCUCUCAGUCACUGGCGGCUCUGAUGGGCCGGGUCACCGGGCGGCGUAGCGCGUCGGUGUUGGUGCGCGAGACGGCUGCACGGGAGCUGGAGGAGCGCCGCGCGGACUGGGGGUACUCCAAGCCGGUGGUGGCUCUGGACAUUAUGUGGAACCUGGCCUUCGUGUUCGUCUCUGCCGUUAUGCUGGGGUGCACGCGCGAUGAGAGCCCCAACGUGCCGAUCAGGGUUUGGAUUUGCGGUUACGCAUUGCAGUGUCUGGUGCAUGUGGUGCUGGUAUGGAUCGAGUACCGUCGUAGGAAUUCACCUAUUACUCGUCUCCUAGAGGAGGGAGGAGGCACACGGGAAGGUGGUAGUGAUGAAGAGGAUGAAGAAGAAGAACAAAUAAUAGCAGGUUUGGCUAUUAGCAGCCAAUCCAGUGUUGCAAAACGAUGUGAAUCUGUUAAUACCAUGGCUUCAUUCAUGUGGUGGAUGGCUGGCUUUUACUGGGUAAUCUCAGGUGGCGAUAUUCUUUUGCGCAAUGCUCCACGCCUGUACUGGUCAGCGGUGGUAUUUCUAGCCUUCGAUGUUUUCUUUGCCAUAUUUUGUGUGGUUUUAGCCUGUCUAAUAGGGAUUGCUCUCUGCUGCUGCUUACCUUGUAUAAUUGCAAUCCUUUAUGCUGUUGCUGGCCAGGAAGGUGCUUCAGAGGCAGAUCUCAAUGCCCUUCCCAAGUACAGAUUUCAUAAAUGUCAGGAUAUUGAAAACCCCAGUGUUGGUGCUGGUAAAAUGGUGCCCAUUGAUACAGGAAGCAGUUUCUUGGCUACUGAACGCAUUCUUUUACCUGAAGAUGCAGAAUGUUGCAUAUGUCUCAGUUCAUAUGAGGACGGAAUAGAGCUUCACACUCUCCAUUGUAAUCAUCAUUUUCACAAAACAUGUAUUGUGAAAUGGCUUAAGAUGAACGCUACAUGCCCGCUAUGCAAGUUCAACAUUCUCAAGGAGAAUGACCAGGUUUAAACUAUAAAAACAACAGGUGAACAAAAUCAUAAACCUUUCAGCCUGUGUAAAAAUUCAAAUUUUGUCAAAAUACGGAGUGGGGGUAUGGAUGUUGUUAACACGCUCUUUGCCGUCAGCAGUUGCAUUGUAACCAGUUGAGCUUCAAAUCCUGUUUUGGCAAUCUGCAUUUUGUUUUUCUCUUAGUUAAAUUGUCUUAAGUGCACUGUAGACUUUUAGGAGGAAAAACAAAAAAGGUUUAUUACCUGAUAUUGUAAAUUAUUUUGGUUCCAUUGCUGUGCUCAAUUGAUAGAAAUGUCAUGUAACUUGUGAGUUGUGAUUAUAUUGAUGUAAACAAAACAUUAAGUGGCGUAGGCAGGCACUCAAACUGGGCUGGGCCGAUACAAACUUUUGCUUGGAUUUUUUAACACAUACUACGUAAUAUUUAUACUAAUAUUUUAGACAUUUUUUUAAAUUUGGGCUAAGUCA